CAUAAGCAACCACUCUCAUCUAUAUAUACUCUCUAAGCCAUCAAUUUCAUUCUCACUCACAAAUUAAAAAUGAUGACAUGCAAAUUGCAGUUAGGGGCAUUUGCUAGCAGCAGCAACCAUUACAGGCAGCAAGGAGCACCCAAUAAAGUGAGCUCCUGUUUGAUGGUUGCCACUGAUGAUCAUCAAGACACCAAGUUGGCCAAAACUUAUGUGCCUACUAUAAAACCCUUAUUAGAGAAGGAGCUGCAAGAGAGGAAUAAUAAUACUGAUGCCCCCAUCAUUAACUCUGGUAAAUUUGGUAGGUUUGGAGGCAAGUUUGUACCUGAGACACUUGUAGUUUGUUUGAGCCAGCUUGAAGCUGAGUUCAACAAGGCCCUACAUGAUGAAUCUUUUAAGGCAGAGCUAGCAGAGUCAUUAAAAGACUUUGCAGGGAGAGAGACGCCACUGUAUUACGCGCGGCGGUUAUCGGAGUACUACAAGAUGAACAACAAUGGAAAAGGCCCUGACAUAUACCUCAAGAGAGAAGAUCUCAACCACGGUGGCUCCCACAAGAUGAACAACGCUCUUGCNNNNGCUGGACAACACGGCAUCGCAACCGCCGCAGCCUGCGCUAAGCUUGGUUUGGAAUGCACAGUGUUCAUGGCCGCCAAAGAAAUGGAGAAGGAAAGUUCUAACGUGCAGUUGAUGAAACUGUUAGGUGCUAAGGUAGAAGGGGUUAAUGGAAGCUUCAAGGACGCAGCAUCGGAGGCAUUUCGGUGUUGGGUGGGAGAAAUGGAAAACAGUUACCACUUGACGGGUUCGGCAGUUGGGCCGCACCCGUGCCCGACGAUGGUGCGUGAGUUUCAGUCAGUGAUAGGGAGAGAAACGAGGAAGCAAGCGUUGGAGAAAUGGGGAGGGAAACCAGACGUGCUGGUAGCGUGCGUGGGGACUGGAUCUAACGCUCUUGGUUUGUUCCAUGAGUUCUUACAAGACAAGGAUGUGAGGCUCAUUGGUGUUGAGGCCGGUGGGUGCGGCUUGGAGAGUGGGAGACACUCUUCCACACUCGCCACUGGUGAAGUGGGUGUGUACCAUGGAGCCCUCAGCUACCUCUUGCAGGAUCAGGAUGGACAAAUUAUUGGACCACACUCCAUUGCCCCUGGGAUGGAGUAUCCAGGAGUUAGUCCUGAGUUGAGUUACCUAAAAGAAACCGGACGCGCCGAAUUCUGCGUUGCAACUGAUCAAGAAGCUCUUGAUGCUUAUGAAAGAUUAUGCAAAUUGGAAGGCAUAUUUCCAUCAUUGGAGGCUGCUCAUGCAUUGGCUAGCUUAGAUAAUCUGGUCCCUACUUUAUGUGACGGCAGCAAGGUCGUUGUAAACUGCAGUGGUUGUGGAGAUAAGGAUGCAGCUGUAGUCUUUGAUCGCAAAUUAUU